AUGGUAUACAAGGACAAGCUUCUAACAUCUUGCCAUCAUUUUUUCCUGCUUGCAGCCAGAUUCUGUUGGGUAAUUCCUAUGAUACGAGGAACUUAUGGCCAGGAAUAUGCCCAUUCCAUUCGACUCGAUGGAGAUGUAAUCUUGGGAGGACUGUUUCCUGUCCAUGCCAAGGGAGAAAGAGGAGUACCUUGUGGUGAACUCAAGAAAGAAAAGGGAAUCCAUCGGCUUGAGGCAAUGCUAUAUGCAAUUGAUCAGAUCAAUAAGGACCCUGAUCUUCUUGCCAAUGUCACGUUGGGUGUUCGGAUUCUGGACACAUGUUCCAGAGACACUUAUGCUCUGGAGCAGUCUUUAACUUUUGUUCAAGCUUUGAUAGAAAAAGAUGGGUCUGAUGUAAAAUGUGCUAAUGGAGAUCCUCCUAUUUUUACCAAGCCAGACAAGAUAACCGGGGUAAUAGGUGCAGCAGCGAGUUCAGUGUCCAUCAUGGUGGCUAACAUUUUAAGACUUUUUAAGAUACCUCAAAUCAGCUAUGCAUCUACAGCUCCAGAACUGAGUGAUAACACCAGGUAUGAUUUUUUCUCUCGUGUGGUCCCACCAGACUCCUAUCAAGCCCAAGCUAUGGUUGACAUUGUGACAGCACUUGGAUGGAACUAUGUGUCAACACUGGCAUCAGAAGGGAACUAUGGGGAAAGUGGUGUAGAAGCUUUCACUCAAAUCUCUAGGGAAAUUGGUGGUGUCUGCAUUGCUCAGUCACUAAAAAUCCCCCGUGAACCCAGGACAGGAGAAUUUGAGAAGAUUAUCAAGCGCUUGAUGGAGACUCCAAAUGCUCGUGCUGUGAUUAUGUUUGCAAAUGAAGAUGAUAUAAGGCGAAUACUGGAAGCUGCUAAGAAAUUGAAUCAAACUGGACAUUUUCUUUGGAUUGGCUCAGACAGUUGGGGUUCUAAAAUUUCACCUGUUUAUCAGCAAGAAGGAAUAGCAGAAGGGGCUGUCACCAUCUUGCCCAAAAGAGCUUCUAUUGAUGGUUUUGAUAGAUAUUUUAGAAGUCGAACCCUAGCAAAUAACAGAAGGAAUGUGUGGUUUGCAGAAUUUUGGGAGGAAAAUUUUGGAUGCAAGCUGGGCUCUCAUGGAAAGAGGAAUAGCAACAUAAAGAAAUGUACAGGAUUGGAACGAAUUGCAAGAGAUUCUUCUUAUGAACAAGAAGGAAAGGUUCAGUUUGUCAUUGAUGCAGUAUAUUCAAUGGCAUAUGCAUUACACAACAUGCAUAAAGAACUUUGCCCUGGGUACAUUGGUCUUUGUCCUCGCAUGAGUACAGUUGAUGGCAAAGAGUUGCUUAGUUACAUCCGGGCAGUAAAUUUCAAUGGGAGUGCUGGAACACCUGUAAUUUUUAAUGAAAAUGGAGAUGCACCUGGCCGUUAUGAUAUCUUCCAGUAUCAAAUAAUCAAUAGAAGUGCAGAAUAUAAAAUAAUUGGCCACUGGACGAAUCAACUUCAUCUAAAUGUAGAAGAUAUGCUUUGGGAUAUCAAAGAACGAACUCACCCCGCUUCAGUCUGUAGUGUGCCCUGCAAACCUGGGGAAAGGAAGAAGAUGGUGAAGGGAGUAGCUUGCUGUUGGCAUUGCGAGCGCUGUGAAGGAUAUCACUACCAAGUGGAUGAGGUCACCUGUGAAAUGUGUCCCUUUGAUAAGAAACCCAACACCAACCGCACGGACUGCCAACUCAUUCCCAUCAUCAAACUGGAGUGGCAUUCCCCGUGGGCGAUUGUGCCUGUCUUCAUAGCAAUACUUGGCAUCAUUGCAACCUCCUUUGUCAUUGUGACAUUUGUCCGCCACAACGACACCCCAAUUGUCAGGGCCUCAGGGCGUGAACUAAGCUAUGUCCUCUUGACUGGGAUUUUUCUCUGUUAUGCUAUCACUUUUUUAAUGAUUGCACGUCCAGACACUGCCAUCUGCUCUUUUCGACGGAUCUUCCUCGGACUUGGGAUGUGCUUCAGUUAUGCAGCCUUGCUCACCAAAACAAACCGGAUCCAUCGAAUAUUUGAGCAAGGGAAAAAAUCGGUCACUGCUCCAAAGUUCAUCAGCCCAGGUUCCCAACUGGUGAUUACUUUCAGCCUCAUAUCCAUACAGCUUAUAGGAGUCUUCAUUUGGUUUGCUAUUGAUCCUCCACAUAUCAUAGUAGAUUAUGGAGAGCAGAGAACUGUGGAUCCUGACAAGGCCCGUGGGAUUCUCAAAUGUGACAUCUCGGAUCUAUCGCUCAUUUGUUCUCUUGGAUACAGUAUUCUCUUAAUGGUAACAUGUACUGUAUAUGCUAUUAAAACAAGAGGCGUUCCAGAGACCUUCAAUGAAGCAAAACCAAUUGGAUUUACCAUGUACACCACCUGUAUCAUUUGGUUAGCUUUUAUUCCAAUCUUUUUUGGAACAGCACAGUCAGCAGAGAAGAUGUACAUCCAGACAACAACUCUUACAGUGUCCUUAAGUUUAAGUGCUUCUGUCUCUUUGGGCAUGCUCUACAUCCCCAAGGUUUAUAUUAUCAUUUUUCAUCCAGAACAAAAUGUGCAAAAAAGGAAGAGGAGCUUCAAGGCUGUUGUCACUGCAGCCACAAUGCAAAGCAAGCUGAUCCAAAAGGGAAAUGACAGACCAAAUGGCGAGGUUAAAACGGAACUUUGUGAAAGUCUUGAAACCAACACUUCCUCCACCAAGACAACCUACGUCAGCUAUAGCAAUCAUGCAAACUGAAUGGUGAAACCAAUCAUAUCUGAAGACUCACAAUAUGUGAACUGAAGAACAAUGUUGACUAUCACAUCAUGACAACUCAGCCUCUGAAGACUAAGCUGUAAAAGGACAAAAGUUGGCCAUGAGACCACAGCAGGAGGCAUGGGUGGGUUGGGGGGGAAAAAUGGCCCAGAAUUAUAUAUUAUGACUCCCUGUCAAAUGUCUGAACUGUUUACUCAUGAAAAAGGUGAAUCACAAAAGGAAAACAAAAUGUUAGCUUGUGAAAAAAAAAUUCUGUUGAAAUAAAACCAUGUCUGAUGUUAUACUUGUAAGUACUUUUUUGUGAUUGUGAGAAAUUCCAUUCCUGUUCCACACUUGUUCAACUUGUAUAAGAAGAUGAAGUUUGUUUCUUGUGAUGGCUGACUGAAUUGAAA